GCUAAGACGUACGAGGAAUAGCUAUGAGAAGAGCUGGGGAUACCAAGCUUAGUGUUCACGCGUGUCCGUCGAAAACGCAAAGCGUGACCGUGAAUUCUGGAGAACGGUCGAAAGGUUGUGGUCUACUAGUAACGGUUACUUGGGCUAGCUGUGCCGCGGGAGCGAUAUUGCGUAACUUCUUCGGCUGUCGUUCAAAGUUGUUCAUGACAUGGAAGUCGGGUUUGGCUAUGGCAAGAAGAGACGAACUUUGGGACGCUAAUCGUGAACGAGAUAGCAUACAUGUCUACGUGGAAUGCGAAGAAAACGAUGGUUACGAGGACGAACUUGAUUUUGAGGAAGAGAUCCCUUUAGAUCUCUCUUCGUUGGCUCCAACAGACGAAUGUUGGUAUCAUGGAGUACUUGACCGCAAAACAUCUGAGGAACGUCUUAAUAACCAGGGCAAACCUGGAAGUUAUCUGGUCCGAAAGAGCGAGAGGAAACACGGACAGUAUUCUCUUUCAUAUCUUGGUCUCAAUGGCAUCAGUCAUUUUAGCAUCACAGCUUUAUUUGGUGACUACUACAUUGGAGGCAGACAAUUUGAAAAAUUACGAGAUUUGAUAGGAUACUACACAAAGUACUCAUCUUUACUGAAAGAUGAGAGACUUGAGUAUCCAGUUCAGCCCCCAGAACCUGUAUCACUUUCAACGCGCAUGGUUGCCAAACACGCAUACCUUAAACCACCCGGAACUGAGGCAUUAAGCUUCUCCCCAGGUGAUGUAUUUGUGAUUGAGGACAUUGUUAAUAUAUCUUGGUUCUGGGGAAGACUGCAAAGAACUGGAGAACAAGGCAUGAUUCCUCGAGCUUACGUUGUUGACGCGCCAGAAGACCUCAGUCCUCAUGCUGGCAAACCAUGGUUUUAUGACAAUUUAUCGAAGGAUCAAGCAAAUGAACUAUUGAUGAAUGAAGGUGUAGUUGGAAGCUUUCUUGUUCGGCCAAGUUCUGGGAGACUUGGUGAUUACUCAUUAUCAGUUAGGGAUGACAAUGGCAUAUCGCGAUUCCUAAUCAAAAAACAAGGUCUCCAAUAUCUGUUUGGUGGGCGGUUAUUUGAGGACUUAGAAAGCAUAAUUGAGCGAUACAAAAAGGAAUUUAUUGAACAAGGCUUGUCACUUGGUAAUCCUGUAGCAAGGCAGGAGUCAACUCCUCCGCCAACACCAACCUCUCUCACUGGUCUUCGUGACUUGAACGUGAACGAGGAUGCCCCGACCACGCCAACCUACGAGACUCCUAUCGUUGAUUCCAACGUUGGAAAGAUCGUGAAAUCCGGUUUCCUUGUUAAAAAAGGUACUAGCAAGAAAUGGAAAAGUAUGUACUUCAUUCUUAAUGGUGAGGACGAACAAUUGCUGUUUUAUGAACAUCAAACGAGAACUCGACCUAAAGGCAUGAUAGAUCUCACUUACUCAACCGUGUAUGAAGUUCACGAGAGUCUUUUUGGAAGGCCUAAUUGCUUCCAGAUAGCCGUGCGUUUUGGAGACACUCAAAUGUUUUAUUUGUGUGCUGACACUUCAGAUGAAGCAAACGACUGGAUUCAAGUUAUUCGCAAGUUCUGCAGCAAAACAAGAUGGACCGCGACUCAAGUCAUGGCGAGCUCGGACGUGAAACAACUUAGGGGUCUGGAGCUGAAUAUAAUCGAAGCUCAUAAUUUACCCGGCAGUAAGUCACAUCAUCCCUAUUGCAUCGUCUCUCUCAACGAAGUGCGCAUGUCAAGAACGUCGGUUAUGGAAGGCGAGAAUCCUGUUUGGAAUGAAGAAUUUAAAUUCAAUGACAUACCAGAGGACAUUGUCUCCUUCACCGUUGCUAUCUGUCACAGGAACAAACGCUCAAAAGAUCAGGACAUAGCCUCCGUGAGUGUAGCUCUUCAAAUACUUAAAAAAGGUGAGGUUGUUGAUGAUUGGUUUCAACUCCGCCCUUCUCACUCAAGAACUGAGGCGGGUACAUUAAGGAUAAAGGCGAGAUAUAUGCAUGAAAUGAUUAUGCCCGUGGAAGAGUAUUCCGGUUUGAAAGAGAUCCUCCUCAAAGAGGAUGUGCAAUGUGUGGUCUCUUUGAUGGAGGUUUGUAAGGACAGAGAUACUCUUGCCUCGAGAAUACUGAACGUGUUCCGUCAUCAGAGGGAACAUCAUAAUCUGCUACGAAGACUCACGGAAAGAGAAAUCGAAAACGAAGAUAACGUGGCGACCUUAUUCCGGGGUACUUCAGCCGCGACAAGUCUCAUGGAUCAGUAUAUGAAGAUGGUUGCCGUGCAGUAUGUACAGUAUACCCUCAGAGAUGUCGUUGUUAGAAUUAUGGAAUGUAAACACUCUUGUGAGAUAAACCCAGCAAGACUUGGCAAAGAUGAAAACGCUGUUAGUAAUUUGACUUCGUUGAUAGAAUUCCUGGACGAAGCUUUGGACUCCAUUGUAAACUCUGUUGAUAAAUGUCCUGAGCUGUUGCGAUAUUUGUUCGGAUGUUUGCAAUCGAGUGUUAAGGCAAAAUGGCCGGACAAGGAAACGUUACGGACACGGGUAGUCAGCGCGUUUCUCUUUCUUCGUUGUUUCUGUCCUGCUAUCAUGAACCCACGAAUAUGCAACAUGAUGUCAGACACACCUUCACCAAUGGCAAGUAGGACAUUAACCAUGGUAGCAAAAUGUUUGCAAAAUCUAGCUAACUUAAUAGAAUUUGGUGCCAAGGAGCCAUACAUGAUCCCACUCAAUCCUUUUAUUCAAAAGAACAAACCACGACUCGUCAACUUCAUCGACAAAUUAUCGAGUAUCUCAGUUUGCCCGCCAACAAAUGAACAAGUAACUUCUGACCUGGCAAGAAACUUAGCUUUUCUUCAUGACAAAUGCGUCACACAUUCUCAAGCUUUAAAAGAACUGGCACAGAAUACUCCACCGUUACGGAACUUGCUCAAUGUCACAGAAAAUAUUUCAAACAAAGCAAAAGUAUAUGUCAGUUCUCGGGUGUCCUAUGCUGAUUAGCGCUAAGAGCACCAUUUUCAAUCUUUGGAACAUUUAGAAUUGUAAAUAAGAGGAAAUUAGAUUACAAAUGAAAUACAUUUUAUUUAUCAGAA